CCCACGAUGCUGGACGGGGUGGGGUUGCUCUGAUACCUUGGUGUUUGCUGCUAUCACAACGUGAGAAGUGGUUGCAAGUAGAGAUUGACUUCAUACUUGAAAAAUCCAAAUCAGUGCGCCGGAAUCCAUUUUCAGAAAUAGGCAUGUCAGCUGACAAAACAGCCAAUGCUGUUCAACACGGUCAUAAAGGAUUCAGACAUUAUAGAGUUAUAGGAAAGACUUCCUAUGUGGAUGAAACCUUGUUUGGAAAUUCUAAUGGGCUUCGGAGUUCAGUCGCUGAAUUUGAACCACCAUGGGGUUCCACUUCUCAAACUGGUUCACAACAAUCUUCAUCAUGGAGUUCAAGUUCCCAAGUAAAGCCUACUGCAAAUGGAGAAAUUAGACUAGUUCCAAAUGCACACAAAUGUGAUGGCACACCAAUAAAAAAGAACAAAUACAGGUUAAAAGGCCAUGUGCCUAGCUACUGUGAUGAGUCACUUUUUGGCACAAAACAAGAGGAUCCAGACUGGGAGGCACCAUGGACUGCACAAGCAGAUAAAAUAAAGAUUCGUCCACUCCUGUGGACUCCCUCAGUCCAUAAAAUUAGUUCAAAUGCAUUUUGUGCGUGUAGCUGUCAGUUCUCAUCUGCCAAAGGAAAUCCAGUGAAAUCACUUUAUUCAGUCACAAGAGAAUCUUGUACUGAUCCAAUUACAGAAAAAAGAGGUAAAUCAGAUUAUUGGAAGAGGCCAAAGAGUGAUAAAGACUCUGUUAAUGGCACCACUAUUCAAGAACAAUCAAAGUCUUUAACUAGGAUACCCAGCCCUUGGAAAAGAAUUGUGAAAGCAGAUUCCCCACUGAAUACUACAAGGAACACAGAGCAGUUGCAAUGUAGACCAAUUUCACCAUUUACUAGAUUAUCAGGACCAAAGCAUUGCAAUAAACAGAGACCUGAUAACCUGUCAGAUUCUGUUUCAUAUAGCCAACCCAAGAUAACAGGUUCUGUCACAUCAAGUCCUCCCUGGAAAUACUAGGGUAUAAUUGAGAUUGAGGUAUUUCUGAAGCCAGUUUGAAAUAGGGAUGUAGCUACAUUUUCAGUUACCAACAAUGAUCUUAUUUUAAAAAAAACAGCCAAGCUCAACAAAUGAGGGAACUGUGGGAAGUGAGGUGAAUGUCACCGAGAAGAUAUUGAACUUGUUGAUUACGCGGAACUGAUCAAAUUCAGAUCAUUCGAGAUGGCCCUCAAGAGGAACAACACUGAUCUUUUAGAGUCACAGACAUGUACAGCAUGGAAUCAAACCCUUCGGUCCAAUUGGUCCAUGUUAACCAGAUAUCCUAAAUUAAUCUAGUCCCAUUUGCCAGCAUUUGGCCCCUAUCCCUCUCACCCCUUUCUAUUCAUAUAUCCAUCCAAAUGCCUUUUAAAUGUUAUAAUUAUACCAGCUUCCACCACCACCUCUUGCAGCUCAUUCCACACAUGCACCACAGUCUGUGUGAAAAUGUUGCCCCUUAAGUCCCUUUAAAUCUUUACCCUCUCACCUUCAGCCUAUGCCUUCUAGUUUUUGGCUCCCCUACCCUGGGGAAGAGAUCUUGGCUAUUCACCCUAUCCAUGCCCCUCACGAUUGAUGGUUUAAAAUCCUAUUAAUUACAGAUUUCUAUCAAAGAUCAUGUUUGUUUCAAUAAGUAGAUAAAACUGGCAAACUAAGCUCAGUUUUCAGAAAUGUGAGGUUAUCCACUUUGGUUUCCAGAAAGAUAAAUUGGAACAUUUUCCUAAAUGUUGCCCCUCAGGUCACUUUUAAAUCUCUCCCCUCUCACAUUAAACCUUCACUUUUGGACUCUUUUACCCUGGAAAAAUGACUUUGGCUAUUAUCUAUGCCCCUUAUGGUUUUAUAAAUCAAACUCAAAACACACUGUGCAAACUCAACACAGACAGUCACCUAAGACUGGAUUUGAACCGAGGUCUCCGGCAGUGUGUUUGUCUUCAUGCAGUGGAAGAAUGAGCAACAGAUGAUACAAUAACUGAGCAUGCCUUUAGUUUUCAGAAAGUGUGUGUUUAAGUAGAACUCUUAAAACAACAUAAAACUGUUCUUCCCCUUUUGAGGUUUUGUCAGAGAUUAGGGGCUAUGAUCAAGGCUGCCCAGCCUCAAGGUUAUUGGAGCAGUUUUAUCCAAAUCGCCUGUUGCCAUGUUAACAAAGAGUACAUUUUUAUCUUCUGCAUACCAGUACUAUAGGGUUUCUUGGAUAAUAAGCCCUAAAUUAAUUUUCUUAGACUUGCUUUAUUGUAAUUAGCUGGCAUGUUUGAAAGCAGAUACGUCUCAUAAAAUACAGAUAAAAUGCAUUCUCACUUCCCUAGCCUAGCAGCUCAAAAUUACCAUAAAAACGAAUAAAAAUAAUUAAUUAUUUAAAAUAUAGAACUCGCAUCAGUACUAUUGGAAAUCCAUUUUAAGUUAUACAAGACCAAUUUAGAGAAAAAAUUACUGGUACCUUUUGGAGAAACAGAGUUAAUGUUUCAAAUCCAAAGUGACAUUUCUUCAGAAAUGAAAGAUGUUGGAAAAAGUACUUUCUAAAUUUUUGACAGAUGCAGGGACGGAGGGAACAGAUAGUUAAGAGGCCUAGUGCAAAAGAUAAAGAGUUGUUAAUGGUGGUGAAAGAAAAAUAAAUGUAAAAUGGGUAUAAAUUAAUUCUUGAAGGAAUGGGUCCUCUCUACUGAGCAAACUCAAGGGUGUGGAGCAGGUUGGAGACAAAGUAAGAAGAAUGGAGAACAGCCAUUAUAUGCAGUCAGUUCCUGAAGUUUGGGAAUCCAACAUUCAGCACUUGAGGCUGUAAAGUACUUAAGCAGAAGAUGAGGUAUUGUUCCUCGAGCUUGUGCUGUGCUUUGCCGACCAUCGCAGCAGGCUCAAGAAAGAAAUAUUAAUAUAAGACCAAGAGUCAAUGCAGUGUGGAGCUGGAGGAACAUAGCAGGUCAGGCAGCAUCAGAGGAGCAGUAGAGUCAAUGUUUCAGGCCUAGACCCUCCAUCAGACCUGCACUGUAUUGACUUUGACUCUACCAUCUUCAGUUCUUGCUAUCUCCUAGUAUAACAGCAAGAUGUUUAUUGAAAUUGCAAGCAACUGAAAGUUUGGAGUUAUUCAUGCAGACACUGCGGAAGUGCCCCACAAAGAGAACACCAGUCUGUGUUUGGUCUCAUCAAUGUGAAGAAGGCAUUGUGAGCAGUGAAUACAGGAGACUAAAUUGAAAGAAGUACAAGUGAAAUGCUGCUUCACCUUGAAGGUGUGUCCGGUGCCUUAACAUUGAAGAGAGAGGCAGUGAAUGAGCAAGUGUUACACGUUCUGCAAUUGCUUGUGAAGGUGUCACAGGGAAGUGAGGAAGUCUCAGGUGUGAUAGAGAAGUGGCUAGGGUGUCACAGAGAGAAUAGUCCUUGCAGAAUGCUGACAGUGGAGGGGAGAGGAACAUAUUUUUGGUGGUAUUGUCUUGCUGGAAGUGGUGGAACUGGCAGAGGAUGAUCUUUAGAAUGUAGAGACUAGAAAGGGAAAUAUCAUUCCAGGAAAGAGGGAAAGGAGUAAGGGCAGAGUGCAGGAGAUGGGUCUGACUUAGCUGAAAGCCUUGU